AGUGCCACUGAGAAACGCGUCCCCUGCAGCUCGGGGCUCCGGGCAGCCUCUCUAGGGCCAGGAUUCAGGGCUUCAUCUGUAAUGCUGAGGAAUCACGUCCACAUUUUGCUCCAGAUCGUCCUGUCUUCCAGGGGACAGGGAAGAGAAAUGGCUGUGAUGGAGCUAGCUCAGAUGCCAGUGACCUUCGAGGAGGUGGCUGUGUAUUUCACUCAGGGGCAGGGGGCUCUGCUGGACCCCACUCAGAGAGCCCUUUAUAGGGAUGUCAUGCAGGAGAACUAUGAGACGGUGACCUCGCUGGGAUUUCCUGUUCCCAAACCUGACCUGAUCGCCAGACUGGAACGAGGGGAAGAGCCGUGGGUCCCAGAUCGCCAGGUCACAGAGGAAGGGGAGAACCCGAAAGGCACCCACACAGCAGGUGAUAGGACAGUGAGUGAGAACAAGAAGGAGAAUCAGCAGCGGGAAGGUCCUGAGCAAGUGGAAUCGCAGGAGAGGUUUUUGAGAAGAGCUGAAGGGAAUUUUCCCCAGCGCUUGGAGCAGGGAAAUGCCUGGGGAGAUCGGUGCAGGUCAGAGAGGCAGCUGAGAAACUAUUUCAUUUAUUGGGCGGAUGAAUCCAUUCAAUAUGGGGGAGGAUGCAAAGAUCCCAAGGAAACCACAGCCCCACAGACAUAUCACCAGGAAGAGAAACCCUAUAAACGCCUAGAGAGUAGGAAAAGUUUCAAUGUGAGUAGAAACCUUGUUACAUGUCGGAGAAACCACUCAGGCGAGAAACCCUAUAAAUGCUUGGACUGUGGGAAAACCUUCUGUAAGAGCUCAGACCUUAUUAAGCAUGGUAGAAUGCACACAGGGGAGCGACCUUAUAAAUGCCUGGACUGUGGGAAAACCUUCACUCAGAGCUCACACCUCAUUACACACCAGAGGCUGCACACAGGAGAGAGACCAUAUAAAUGCCUUGAGUGCGGGAAAGGAUUCAACGUGAGAUCAAACCUUAUUAAACAUCAGCAAAAUCACACAGGAAGGAAACCCCAUAUUUGUUUGGAUUGCGGGAAAUGUUUCAAUCACAGCUCCUACCUUAUUACGCAUCAGAGACUGCACACGGGAGAGAGACCCUAUAAGUGUCUUGAGUGUGGGAAAAGUUUCAAUCAGAGCUCUAGUCUUAUCACGCAUCUGAGAACCCACACGGGAGAUAAACCCUAUCAGUGCCUCGACUGUGGGAAAAGCUUCAAUGUGAGAUCACAACUUAUUAUUCAUCAGAGAAUCCACACGGGAGAGAGACCUCAUAAAUGCUUGGACUGUGGCAAAAGCUUCAGUCACAGCUCACACCUUACAAAACAUCGGCGAAUUCACACAGGAGAGAGACCCUACAAAUGUCUAGAGUGUGGGAAAACUUUCAAUCAGAGCUCACACCUUAUUAUGCAUCAGAGAACCCACACGGGAGAGAGACAUUAUAAGUGCCUCGAAUGUGGGAAAAGUUUUGUUCGGAGAUCAGCCCUUAUUACGCAUCAGAGAAUCCAUACGGGAGAGAAACCCCAUACAUGUUUGGACUGUGGGAAAAGUUUUAGUCAGAGAUCAGCCCUUAUUAGACAUCAGAGAAUUCAUACGGGAGAGAAACCUCAUACAUGCCUCAACUGUGGGAAAAGAUUCAUUCAGAGAUCACACCUUAUCACACAUCAGACAAUCCACAUGGGAGAGAAAACCCAUAAAUGUUUGGACUGUGGGAAAAGCUUCAAUAACAGCUCCUACCUCACCAAACAUCGGAGAAUCCACAAGGGCAAGAAACCGUAUAAAUGCUUGGACUGUGGGAAAACCUUCAUUCAGAGCUCAGAUCUUAUUACACACCAGAGGCUGCACACAGGAGAGAGACCUUAUAAAUGCCUCGAGUGUGGGAAAAGAUUCAAUGUGAGAUCAAACCUUAUUAAACAUCAGCAAAAUCACACUGGAGGGAAACCCCAUAUUUGCUUGGAUUGCGGGAAAUGUUUCAAUCACAGCUCCUACCUUAUUACGCAUCAGAGAUUGCACACGGGAGAGAGACCCUAUAAAUGUCUUGAGUGUGGGAAAAGCUUCAGUCACAGUGCACACCUUAUUAAACAUUGCCGAAUUCACACAGGAGAGAGACCGUAUAAAUGUCUUGAGUGCAGGAAAAGUUUCAAUCAGAGCUCACACCUUAUUGUACAUCAGAGAACGCACACGGGACAAAAACCCCAUACAUGUUUGGACUGUGGGAAAAGUUUUAGUCAGAGAUCGGUCCUUCUUAGACAUCAGAGAAUCCAUACGGGAGAGAAACCCUAUACGUGUUUGGACAGUAUGAAAAGUUUUAGUCAGAGAUCAGCCCUUCUUAGACAUCAGAGAAUCCAUACGGGAGAGAAACCCCAUACUUGUUUGGACUGUGGGAAAAGAUUCAUUCAGAAAUCACACCUUAUUACACAUCAGACAAUCCACAUGGGAGAGAAAACCCAUAAAUGUUUGGACUGUGGGAAAAGCUUCAGUAACAACUCCUACCUCACUAAACAUCGGAGAAUCCACAAGAGUGGGAUACCCUAGAAAUACGCCAAUGGUGGGAAAUGAUUCAGUGGGAACUCACGCAUCAGAGAAUUCCCACAAGAAGGAGAGAUUUUUGACUUUUUAAAAGACCUUUAAUAAAAUUGGUACACGAAACGCACUGAAAACAAGAAAAAGAAAUGAUGGAUUUGAACCAUAGAAGAGUUGAUAGUCACUGAGCAGACAGUGGAUGCAGUUCCAGGAUUCCUAGCUAAUGGCUCGUUAGGAGUACAAUUAAAAUUGCCUCCUGCCAACGUGAAAAUCUCACUUCUCCAACAAUGUGCACCCAAGCUCUGAAAAAUCCCCCACACCUGGUCUUUCUCUACAGUAACAGCACAGACUGUCUGUGAUCCCAGUGCAGCAGGGUCCGCCUCCCAGCAGCUGACUGGGCAUCUGGUAGGGUGUGCCUGAUUUGAUUGUACUUCCUGAUUGGUGAAGGGGUGGAGCUAGCUACUACGUGACCCAGCAGCAGCCGGAGCUUGCUGGAGGCUCAACGCGUCCCAUGUCUGUAGUUGCAUUUGGACCUGCUUCUUGCUUUCUGCUUCUAUUUUCCACACUCUGCUCCUGUGCUCAGUUGCCUGCUUCAGUUAGAAUCAUAGAACAUUAGGGUUGGAAGAGACCUCAGGAGGUCAUCCAGUCCAACCCUCUGUUCAAAGCAGGACCAACCCCAACUAAAUCAUCCCAGCCAGGGCUUUGUCAAGCCGCACCUUAAAAACCUCUAAGGAUGGAGAUUCCACCACCUCCCUAGGUAACCCAUUCCAGUGCUUCACCACCCUCCUAGUGAAAUAGUGUUUCCUAAUAUCCAACCUAGACCUCCCCCACUGCAACUUGAGACCAUUGCUUCUCGUUCUGUCAUCUGCCACCACUGAGAACAGCCAAGCUCCAUCCUCUUUGGAACCCCCCUUCAGGUACUUGAAGGUGUUAUGUUGCACUCCAUAUUCUUUAUGGAAAUAUGCAUAUGAAUAUGAAUGUGACAUAACUGGAAUAUGCUUUAUGCAAAAUGUGUGAUGUGACAUACAAUUGGAAACGUUAUAAUCUGCUGAAUGUGUUCAUCCUCUUUGUAUGCAUGUAUCAUUCCUAUAUCUGAAGUUAGAAAUAUGAAGUAGAAAUCUAAGGUCCUAUUGUAGUUAUGCUAAGUGAGGGCCAUUAAUGGUACUUCAGGAACUUGAUGACUCUUAAGCAGGAAACAAUGGGCUGUGAAUGGAUUUGUUUCCCUAUAAGUCUGUGGGACGCCUGUAAGGAGGAGGGGCGAUGUGAAGACAUGUGUCUGUGUCACCUGAUGCUGGAAUCCAUCUUAAAUUUGAUAUUUCUCCACAAAGCUGGGGGGGAAUGUUUAAACAAAGACACAAAGGAUUCCCGCCUUCUGCCAAAUCUAUAUAAGGGUGUGAAGCAAGACAGAGAGAGGGUCGUGAGGAGACCCCUGCUUAACACCCAAGAUGUCUGCUGGAACUAAGAGAGACUGAACAGGGGGAAGGAUUGGACUAGAAAUGAGUCUAGUCUAUGAAAGCAGCUUAUUGGAACAUCUUUGAGGGUGAGAUAUUACAUGUAACCAGUUUCUUAGUGUAUUAAGCUUAGCUUGGCGUGUUUGUUUCAAUUUGCUUAGUAACCUGCGUUGUUCUGUCUGUUAUCUCUUUUGACCACUUAAAUCAGAGGUGGGCAAACUAUGGCCCACGAGCCACAUCCGGCCCGUGGGACCAUCCUGCCCAGCUCCUGAGCUCCCGGCCAGGGACGCCCCUCCCCUGCUGUCCCCCCUCCCCUGCAGCCUCAGCUCACUGCACCUCUAGCUCUCUGGCCCACCGCUCCUGCUGGGCAUUGCGGCAGCGUGGUUGGCUCUGGCAUGGUAAGAGGGUGGAGAGAGGGGAGUCCCAGGGGGCAGU